AUGGGCCCCCAAAAUGCACGGGUGGCAGUGUGGGCGCUGCUAGAGCAGCUCGCAGUCACCCUUCUCAUCCGCACACUCAGACACCAGACCGCCAGGUGGCUGCGUGUCAAGCCGCCACCUGGCACUCAGGCAGACGAAGCGGCAGCACCAACCCCUCCUGCUAUAGCCGCUGCUACAGGAGAAGGGGUUGGAGUAGCGGAGGUGGGGGGGGUUGGAGCGGAGGUAGGGGGUGUUGGAGAGAAGGUGGAGGGGGUUGGAGCGGAGGUGGGGGGGGUAGGAGAGGAGGAGGAAGGAAUGGGCUCAGGAGAUUUGGGUGGGGGAGCAGGGUCCGGGGAGGAGGUGUUGGUGGUGGUGGGAGGAGAGGGAGAAGAGGGAGAAGCGGAGGGAGAGGAAGGAGAAGUGGAGGGAGAAGGAGAAGGUGAGGGGGAUGAGGGAGGUGAAGACGCAGAGGGAGGUGAGGAGUCAGAAGGUGAGGGAGAGGAAGGGGAGGAGGGAGAGGGAGAUGAAGGUGAUGCAGGCGAUGACGGAGAGGAGGGAGAGGAUGGUGAGGAUGGUGAGGAGGGCGAGGAAGGGGAAGGGGAGGAAGGGGAAGGGGAGGAGGGGAGCGAAGGAGUAGGAGAGUCACCAGGAGAGCCGUUGGGACUGCUGCCAGUGCCCGGGUCUGGAGAAGACGCCACAGGCAGGCCUACAGGCUUCUCCCUGGGGGGGUGGUGGGGGGGGAAGGUUGCAAGGCAAGGGGAAGGGAUGAAGCGAGCAGACAACAGAUGGGGCUGCUGCCAUUGCCUGGGUCUGGAGAUGACGCCACAGGCAGGCCUACAGGCUUCUCCCUGA